ACACCGACCGACACAUUCUGCCAUUGAAAGCCGUGUUUUGUUUUGUCUGUAGAGUUUAGCUUUGCUCUCUGCGUGUUUGCAGUCCCAGCCAAAGCUACGGGUUUCUGCUCUGUGUCGCACGCUCCUCUUAUCUUUUAAGCCAAACGCGCUUACUUAGACAUGCGCCCAUCUGUUUAGUGAGAUCUGGCAUCCAACAUGUCUGUGGACUGGAUAGGAUACGGAUAUGCCACUCUAGUGGCAUCCGGAGGAGUCGUUGGCUACGUGAAAGCAGGCAGUGUUCCCUCACUGGCUGCCGGUUUGCUCUUUGGGGGACUUGCAGGUUUUGGAGCCUACCAGAUCUCCAACGACCCGAAUAAUGUUUGGGUGUCUCUAGCUACAUCAGGAGCUCUGUCCGCCAUCAUGGGGAAGAGAUUCUACGGGUCGAGGAAGUUCAUGCCAGCUGGUUUGAUGGCAGGAGCAAGCCUGCUGAUGGUGGGGAAGCUUAGUUUGACGUUGCUCCAGAAACCUACAGCGUCCUCAUGAGGUUAAAGUUCUUCAAGAACAGUAUUCAGCUUCUAUCUGGCCAUGUUAUGGAGCAUCCUCUUGAAAUUUGACAUUCUGUGUUACUCUGGUCAAAAAUGUUUGAUAAUAAAAUGUAUCAUUUGUACAGAAA